AUCGAUCUAUUUUCGCUUUAGAAAAAAUACUCUUCUUCUAAUAUUUGCUGUUCUAGGUUACUUUGUAACGCGUUACGUUAUAUUGCACCAGGGGGGCUCCGUAAUAUUAUUAUUGUAUUAAUAGUUCUUAAUAGUUCUUUAAUUUAAUGUAUUUAUUCACAACGCGUAACUAUUUGCAGUAAUGGAACAAAUGUAACGUUGCGCUCACUAGAUACUCCGGUCCGGUAGGUGGUGGUAAUCAAUUUUACGUGCAUGGCAUGACGGGACACGAAGGAGAAGAGGACUUUCUGUUAUUAGUGUAUCAAUCAAUUUUUUUUAAUUAUUAUUAUUAAACCGUCUUGUUAGAUGAAGUCUUCCUCAGUCACUUGUCCAUUUAAAGUCAGUGUAAAUAUCCGUUAGCAAAUAGCAUGUUCCCUUCCAAAGUGAAUAGGCUCAUCCAGAGGCUGCUGCUGUCAUUUAAACGGCAUCGGUAUGGCGACGCUGCCAUGGGGAAAAGCUCCUCCGACUCCUGCUCCUCCCAGCUGGUUUUGGGCAUCGAGACGAGCUGCGACGACACCGGAGCCGCCGUCCUCAGCGAGACGGGCGCGAUACUGGGAGAGUCCCUUCACUCCCAGAAAGAGGUCCACCUCAGGACUGGCGGCAUCAUCCCCGUUGUGGCCCAGCAGCUCCACAGGGAACACAUCGAGCGCGUAGUCCAGGAGGCGUUGGACCAGAGUGGCGUGGACCCGGCUCAGCUGUCGGCUGUGGCCGCCACUGUCAAGCCGGGCCUGGCCCUGAGCUUGGCCGUGGGUUUGGAGUUCAGCCAGAGUUUUGUGAGGCGGCACUGCACGCCCUUCAUCCCCGUCCACCACAUGGAGGCCCACGCCCUGACCAUCCGCAUGCUCCAUGCUGUUUCCUUCCCCUUCCUGGUGCUGCUCGUGUCGGGCGGUCACUCGCUACUUGCCGUGGCUCGCGGCGUGGACGAUUUCCUUCAGCUGGGUCGCACUCUGGACGAAGCUCCAGGUGAUGCUCUAGAUAAGGUGGCAAGACGUCUGUCACUCAUCAAGCACCCGCGUUGCUCCACGCUGAGCGGAGGACAGGCCAUAGAACUGCUGGCUAAGGACGGCGACCGGAUGAGGUUUCCUUUCAAGACGCCCAUGGGACAAACGUACGACUGCUGCUUCUCUUUUGCCGGGCUACGAAAUCAAGUUAACAUGACCAUAGAGAAAAAAGAAGCAGAGGAAGGUAUUGAACGUGGAACUCUGCUCUCCUGUGUGAACGACAUAGCAGCAGCGACGCAACACACGGUCGCGUGUCAUCUGGCCAAGCGCACGCAUCGCGCCAUCUUGUUCUGUAAGGCCAAUGGACUGCUGCCCUCGCUCACGCCCACACUGGUUGUGUCUGGAGGCGUGGCGAGCAAUCAGUACAUCCGCAAAGCUCUGGGCGUCAUCGCCGAGGCAACCGGCCUACGCCUGCUCUGUCCUCCUGCCAAAUUCUGCACAGACAACGGCGUGAUGAUUGCGUGGAACGGUGUUGAGCGACUCAGGGAAGGGAAGGGAAUACUACAUCCAAACGUGGACGUUACUUACGAACCCAAAGCACCACUGGGCGUCGACCUAACGUCACAAGUGAAGGCGGCGGCUAUCAGGGUGCCGUCAAUCCGGAUGAACAUCUCAUAGACUAUGAGAACAUCACCAGGAUCAAUAGUGUGGAUAUAAGAGGGCUUCAAAUAAAAUGUCCCAAAAAAUAGAUGUAAACACAAUUCUUAAUUAAGGGGAUGUUACUUGAGGAAAUCAUGACAUCUGAAGGAUGUUUGCCAGGUUUGUCCUGUCGUGACAGAUUCACUCUACAAACCACAUGGGGACAUGAUGUCAUUUCAACACAAAUUGUCAGAUUUUAUUUUAUUUCUCUUUCUUGACUGCAUUAAAAUGUACACAGAUCUCAA